AUGCUGGUUUUACAAGAUAACGUGCCCAUGGACAAUUCAGGCUUUUUUGUUCAAGGAACAUUUGGUUCUAAUCCGGAGAGUACACCCAUUGGAUCAUCAAAUAGCAUUUCACCCAGUCAUCGAAAUGUUUUGACGCUUAAUCAUCAUUCUAAUAGUGAAUCAAAUAUACAAAGGUCAUAUCCUGGUCCAGUUCAUCAUGCUCAAACCCAUACUUCACAAAUUCAUAGUAGCACGAGUAGUAAUAAUAGCAUCCACAGCAACAAUAGCAACAACAACAGCAGCGAUAACAACAAUAACAGUAACAGUAAUAGUAGUAGUAAUAUUAAUGGCAUCAGAAAUGAAAGAAACUCACCUCUACACUUGGCAUCAAUGCUGAAUAAUAUGUCAAUGGGUGGUGCGGUACAUGCAAAUAUACCGCAACAAUCUCAAUCGUCUCAGGAAUCUCAGCAGACUUUACAGUCGAUGAAUCCGAGCUCUUAUCUGCUGAAAUUAAAGAAUGUUCCAUCUGAUAUUACUAUUAGAGAAUCACACGCCAUAUUUUCAUUGGCUAAUGGUGUUUCAAAUAUCGAAAUAAUAAAAGAACGCAAAGAUUCAAUCUCAAUGAAUCAAAGUAAUUACGAAUUAUCCAUCGUUGCAAAAUUUUCUUCAUUACCAUUGGUAACGCAUUAUGCAUCAAUAUUAACAUCAAAGAACGAUGUUGUGGGGCCAACUUAUCCAUUCCCUUUUUUUGUUGAAAUAAUAGACGAAUUAGCUAACCAAAAGGUUCCAUUCCAAAAGCAAAAACUUCAAUAUCAACUAUCCUCAUCUGGUUUACCAAUUUCUCCAGUUAACUCGCUUCAUCAUCAGCAAAUGUCACACUCUGAUGAACUUCUUCAAUCACCUGGGCAACCUCAGUUACAAGGCCAAGCCAGUUCUUCACAGCCCCAAUCACAAUCACAAUCACAAUCACAAUCACAAUCACAAUCUCAACCCAAGUCUCAAUCCCAGACUCAAUCUGCUCAAUCUCAAACUGAAUCACGGGCUUCCUCUCAAAAUCAAUCGCAACUCCAAUCGCAAUCGCAAUCGCAAUCGCAAUCCCAGUCACAGCCGGCGCAGCAGAUUUCUCCAGUGUCUACCUCUGGAUCUAUCAGUAGGCCCGGCUUAGUUCAGACACGUUCGCGGUUUUCUUUUAGUGAUCCAUUUUCUAGUUCAAAUGAUACAUCGCAACAAAAUCAGAAUCAACAACGUCCGACGUCAUCGUCACAGGCCGGUUCUACUAUCACUCACAGUCGUUCGCAUCAAGAUUCUCAGUCAACUGACGUCGGUAAAUCUUUAUUGUUGAUGGAAAAUGACGAUAUAAAUGAGAGCAUAUGGGGCUCAAGUGCAAUGCCAACAAGUAUGAAUGGAUUUACAACCAGCCCGCAAGCUUCAACCCCGAUAUUAGAAUGGGGUUCCUCAAACAGAAAGCAAAGCUCAUCAUUUUUUCUACCACAAGGGGGGAACUCAACUGUUGUUACUCAACCUUCAACUGGUCAAAGUGUCGAUGUUUCGUCUACAGUCCAUACAAUUACUGGUAAUCCAUCUAAUGGUUCAACAAUAUCUUCACCCUUUUCCAUGCUAGGUCCGGUACCAGGCAAUAACGCUCACCCUAAUCUGCCUAGUGUAAUUGGUGGAGGUAAUACUAGUGGUGUUGGUGGUAAUGGUAAUCAUACUGACUUGAAUCUUUCCGGUACUGGUAGUAUCAGCAUUGGUGGUGGUUCUGUAUCUAGGAAACACACUGGAGUUUUUAAACAGAAUAGUCAAGGUCCACAGCAGUCGCAAGACAAUAAACAAUCUCAAGAUCAACAGUUAUCCCCAUCUCAACCAAAUACACCACAAAAAGGGUCUCAAAUAAGAUCUACUGUAAGAAGCUCUCAAACAACAAAUGGUGGUCAAAAAAGUAGCAUUUCAAACUCUUCAUCGUCUACAAAUGUGACAGGAUCCAGUACAAUUUCACAGGCUGACUUGUCACUACUGGCAAGAGUUCCACCACCGGCUAAUCCAGCAGACCAGAAUCCACCUUGUAACACGCUAUACGUAGGUAAUUUACCUCCAGAUACCACUGAACAAGAGUUAAGGCAGUUAUUCUCAGGCCAGCAAGGUUUUAGAAGAUUAUCAUUUAGAAACAAAAACAGCAAUGGCAAUGGCCAUGGCCCGAUGUGUUUUGUUGAGUUUGAUGAUGUUAGUUUUGCAACUAGGGCUUUGGCCGAGCUUUACGGUAGUCAAUUACCACGGGCUAAUGCAAGUAAUAAAGGUGGAAUAAGGUUAAGUUUCUCGAAGAAUCCGCUUGGGGUCAGAGGCCCCAAUAAUAGAAGAGCCAAUAGUAGCACAUCUGUCAGCAGUUCAGCUAGUGCAAGUACAAACACUAAUUCUGGAUUUGUGAAUUAUAGUUACUCAGCGGGAUAUGCCAAACCUUAA